CUAUUUCCAUUAACUUUUCCCUCUUCUACAUCCCUCCCUCAUUGUCUUGUUCAAACUUCAUAGACUAUAGCCCAGUCCCCACGCCCUUCCUCUAUCUCUCUCCGCCGAUCGAUCGCCGAAAGAUUUCAGUUCAUAUUUCAAAAAUCUCGUUAAACCCUAGUUGCACUUCGUUCUAAGCUUCCAAAAAAAAAAUGGAGUGGAAUGCCGAAACUCUACAAUUCCUGUCCCAAUGCUUCCUCAAUACCCUCUCUCCGAUGCCCCAGCCUCGCCGUCAAGCCGAGUCGGCGCUGGCUGAUGCCUCUGAGAAACCUAAUUACGCGCUCGCCGUGCUCCGCCUCGUUGCCGAGCCUUCCGUUGAUGAACAGAUCCGCCAAGCUGCUUCUGUGAACUUCAAGAACCAGCUCAAGUCGCGGUGGUCGCCGUCUACGCCUUCCGAGCCCAAUGUUCCUACCCUAGCUCCGAUUCCGGACUUUGAGAAGGAGCAGAUUAAGAGUUUGAUGGUUUCCUUGAUGAUCAAUUCGUCUCCCAAAAUACAAUCUCAGCUCAGUGAGGCCUUGACGGUGAUUGGGAAGCAUGAUUUCCCCAAAGCGUGGCCUGCCUUGUUGCCGGAGCUUGUUUCCAGUCUUGAUAAGCUGAGCCAAGCCAAUGAUUAUGUGUCUGUAAAUGGGUUGUUAACCACCUUGAAUUCCUUGUUUAAGAAGUUCCGAUACCAGUUUAAGACCAACGAGUUGCUCCUUGAUCUGAAAUACUGUCUGGAUAAUUUUGCAAAGCCGUUGUUAGAAGUCUUUAAGCGUACUGCGAGUUUGAUUGAUCAGGUAGUGGCUUCAGGGUCUGCCUCUGCUUCAACUCUAAAGCCCUAUAUAGAGUCUCAAAGGCUGUGCUGUAGAAUAUUCUAUUCCUUGAAUUUCCAAGAAUUACCUGAAUUUUUUGAGGACCAUAUGAAUGAGUGGAUGAUUGAGUUUAAGAAAUAUCUGACUAUGAAGUACCCUGCUCUUGAGGAUAGUAGCAAGGAGGGACUUGCCGUUGUUGAUGAUCUACGAUCUGCAGUGUGUGAAAAUAUUAGCCUUUAUAUGGAGAAGGAGGAAGAAUUGUUUCAAGGGUACUUAAGUGGGUUCGUGGAGGCUGUGUGGAGUCUUCUUGUAGCCUCAUCUGCAUCUUCUAGUAGGGAGCAGCUGACUGUGACUGCAAUCAAGUUCUUAACCAUUGUCAGUACAAGUGUACAUCAUACACUAUUUGCAAGAGAUGAUAUUUUAGAACAAAUAUGUCAGAGCAUUGUUAUCCCUAAUGUGAUGCUACGUGAUGAAGAUGAGGAGUUGUUUGAAAUGAACUAUGUUGAGUUUAUAAGGAGGGAUAUGGAAGGAAGUGAUCUCGACACUAGGAGGAGGAUUGCAUGUGAACUUCUCAAAGGAAUUGCUAUGCAUUACAAGGAUAAGGUGACUGAGAAGGUUUCACUUCAGAUUAAGAAUUGCUUGGCCAUGUUUGCUCAGAAUCCUGCAGCAAACUGGAAAUUCAAAGAUUGUGCCAUCUAUUUGGUUGUCACCCUUGCCACAAAAAAAGCUGGUGGCACUUCAGUGUCAACUGAUCUGGUUGAUGUGGAGAGCUUUUUCGGAUCUGUUAUUGUGCCUGAGCUGCAGAGUCAGGAUGUGAAUGCUUUUCCAAUGCUGAAAGCGGGUGCAUUGAAGUUCUUUACCAUGUUUAAAAAUCAGUUAUCAAAACCCAUUGCAAUAGCACUGCUUCCUGAUGUUGUUCGGUUCCUUGGUUCAGACUCUAAUGUGGUUCAUUCAUAUGCUGCGAGUUGCAUUGAGAAGCUGCUGCUGGUCAAAGAUGAUGGUGGCAGAGCAAGGUAUACAGCUGUAGAUAUUAGUCCAUUUUUGUUAGUGUUGAUGACCAACCUUUUUCAAGCCAUGGAGAAACCAGAAUCUGAGGAGAAUCAGUACAUAAUGAAGUGCAUCAUGCGAGUGCUUGGAGUUUCUGAAAUUUCUCGUGAGGUUGCUUUACCUUGCAUAACUGGUCUGGCUAAUGUCCUGAACAGAGUCUGCCAAAAUCCAAAAAAUCCAGUUUUCAACCACUAUCUCUUUGAAUCAGUGGCUGUUCUUGUCAGGCGUGCUUGUGAAAAGGAUCCAUCUCUUGUGCCUGGUUUUGAAGGAAGCUUGUUCCCAAGCCUCCAGAUGAUAUUGGAGAGAGAUGUGAGUGAAUUCUUCCCUUAUGCAUUCCAGUUAUUGGCUCAGCUUGUAGAGCUGAAUAGACCGCCACUCCCGCAGCACUAUAUGCAGAUAUUUGAGAUUCUUCUUUUACCUGAUUCAUGGAAAAAGUCUGGAAAUGUUCCAGCACUUGUCCGGUUGCUCCAGGCGUUUCUUCGUAAAGCACCUCAUGAGCUUAAUCAACAGGGUAGGUUGUCAAAUGUUCUUGGGAUAUUUAACACACUGGUAUCAUCUCCAAACACAGAUGAACAGGGAUUUUAUGUGAUUAAUACAAUCAUUGAAAAUCUUGGGUUUGAUGUUAUCUCACCCUUUAUAGGCCAUAUUUGGGCUGCCCUUUUUAAACGGCUUCAAGAAAGAAGAACAGUGAAGUUUGUCAAGAAUCUUGUGAUAUUUAUGUCUCUUUUCUUGGUCAGGCAUGGCUCUCAAAAUCUUGUGGCUUCAAUAAAUGCUGUCCAAGUGAAUUUAUUUAACACAAUCGUAGAACAAUUUUGGAUACCUAACCUCAAGUUGAUCACCGGAACCAUUGAGCUCAAGUUAACUGCUGUUGCUUCAACUAAACUUAUCUGUGAAUCCCCAUCGCUAUUGGAUUCUAAGCUUUGGGGAAAAAUGCUGGAUAGUAUUAUCACUCUUCUCUCUAGGCCAGAGGAAGAGAGAGUGGAGGAGGAGCCAGAAGUUCCAGACUUUGGGGAGAGUGUUGGUUAUAAUGCUGCUUUCGUUCGUCUAUACAAUGCUGGUAAGAAGGAUGAUGACCCAUUGCAGGACAUAAGGGAUCCAAAACAGUACGUGGUUGCAUCUGUGGCUACUCUUUCUGCCCAGUCCCCUGGCCAAUACACUCAGGUUAUAAGGGAAAAUCUCGAGCCGGGAAAUCAGGCAGCAUUACUUCAGCUUUGCGGUUCCUAUAAUGUAUCAAUAGUUUGAAACCGAAUCCAUUUAAUGGGCGUGAUGUUGCAAUUUUGGACUAGGCUUGAUAUUCUGUCACAGAUGAGAUAUGGUUCUCUUUUGCAUGCAUUUGUUGUCGAUGGCUCACAAUAGAUCAGCAAGGUCAUUCUUGUAGAGUCUCUUAAUGUGCCGGAGUUAGUCUAUAUGCGUGUUCAUGAGGAUUCCUGUGCGACUUACCCUCACCCGACUUUUGGAUUUUGGAUUGGGAACGGUCCCGAGUUUGAAUCUCUUGCUUCCCUGAUCCAAGUGUUUGUUCUUCAAUAUGAACCAUUGCUUAGGUUUGAGUUUUCUGUGUCUUCUUAUAGGAUUGUCAGUAUGAGUAGAAGCAAUAGGGCCAUUUUGUGUCCUCAAGUCAAUGAAAUGGAACAAACCUGCUUUCUGUAAAUGACUUUGUUUCCAGUUUUUUUUUUACUGGUUUGUUUCUACUGAACUUAUAAUUAGAUUAAUGAUACUUUUUCCUUUUUCUUAA